AUGGAUGGGCCAAACACAAGAAGAGUUGUACUACUAGGAAAGUCUGGCACUGGGAAGACCAGCCUGGCCAACACUAUAUUUGGAGAGACUACGUUCAAUAUAAACCAUUCACCCAAAUCUGGACCAAGUACAUGUCAAGCCAGAACCAACUCUGUCAAUGGAAGAAGCAUCACUUUGAUCGACACCCCUGGUUCCUGUCACCGCGACAGGUCUGAGGAUGAAGUGAGGCCUGAGCUCAUGAGCUGUAUCACAGAGUGCGCUCCUGGGCCUCAUGCCUUUCUCAUUGUGCUUAAAGUUGAGAGAUUCACAGAGCAGGAACAGGCCUUCAUCACACAAAUGGUCGAAGAUUUCUCUGAAGAUGCUUUAGCAUAUGCUGCAGUUGUCUUUACACAUGGAGACCAGCUCCCUGAAGGGAUGAAAAUUGAAGAGUUUGUUGGUCAAAAUGAGGGUCUGACCAAUAUUCUAAAUAAGUGUGGUGGCCGGUGCCACGUCAUUGAUAAUAAAUACUGGAAGAACAGUCAACAGGAUGAAUACAGGAGCAACAAGUUUCAGGUGAAAGAGCUGCUCAACACUAUAGAGAAGAUGGUGGAAAACAACAAAGGCUACUACACUAAUAAAAUGCUCCAAGCUGUAGAGAGUGAAAUACAGAAAGAAGAAGAGUCCAUUAGACGGUCAUCAGCAAACAUGACACAGGAAGAGAUCCGAAAGCAGGCUCAAAUCAACGUCUUUAGCAAGCGGGUGGACAAAGCACCACAAAGAUGGAUUCAACAUUUUUUGGGUUUGGCAGUUGUCGUGGGGGUGCUUGCAGCUAUCUCAGCUGUGCUGAUGAAUUUAAAAUAA